AUGUUUGGGUCGGUUCGGUGCAGCUGGGCCAGGUUCGGGCGCGGAACGGAGCAUCGCCGUGGUCCCGAUCCUCUAUCGUCACCAUGCCGGCCGUUUCCAAGGGAGACGGGAUGCGGGGCCUGGCCGUAUUUAUCUCCGAUAUCCGAAACUGUAAGAGUAAAGAGGCUGAAAUUAAACGAAUUAACAAGGAGUUGGCCAAUAUCCGAUCCAAAUUUAAGGGAGAUAAAGCCUUAGAUGGUUACAGCAAGAAGAAAUAUGUCUGCAAGCUGCUUUUCAUCUUCCUGUUGGGCCAUGACAUCGACUUUGGGCAUAUGGAGGCAGUCAACUUGCUCAGCUCCAACAAAUACACAGAAAAACAAAUUGGCUACCUAUUCAUUUCAGUGCUGGUAAACUCCAAUAGUGAGCUGAUCCGUCUCAUCAACAAUGCUAAGACGGAACGGGAUGUGAGUGUACGCCAGCGAGCUGCCGACCUUCUCUAUGCCAUGUGUGACCGUACAAAUGCCAAGCAAAUAGUCUCAGAGAUGCUUAGCUAUCUGGAAACAGCAGAUUACUCAAUUCGUGAAGAGAUUGUACUGAAGGUGGCGAUCUUAGCUGAGAAAUACGCUGUAGAUUAUAGCUGGUAUGUGGAUACCAUCCUCAACUUGAUCCGCAUUGCUGGUGACUAUGUGAGUGAGGAGGUGUGGUACCGCGUCAUCCAGAUUGUCAUUAACCGGGAUGAUGUGCAAGGAUAUGCAGCCAAGACAGUCUUUGAGCUCUGCAGUGUUUCCACUCGGGCCCUACUUCUCUCUACCUACAUCAAAUUCAUAAAUCUCUUCCCUGAAACAAAGGGCACCAUCCAGGAAGUGCUUCGCUCAGACAGCCAAAUCCGCAAUGCUGAUGUGGAACUGCAGCAACGUGCCGUUGAGUACCUCAAGCUCAGUUCUAUUGCCAGCACCGAUGUCCUGGCUACAGUACUGGAAGAGAUGCCACCAUUCCCUGAACGUGAAUCUUCCAUUUUGGCAAAACUGAAGAAAAAAAAGGGUCCCGGGGCUGGCAGCGAGUUAGACGAUGGCAAAAAGGAUCCAAAUUCUGAAAUCAAUGGAGGCAUGGAUCCCUCAGGCAGCACUGCUUCAACGCCGUCCCCAUCUGCUGACUUAUUAGGUCUCCGAGCCACACCAGCGACUGCAUCUGGUGCGCCUGCCAGCACUGGCAACCUUCUAGUGGAUGUUUUCUCUGACAGCCCAUCUACCACAACUGGCCUGGCCUCUGGUGCAGAAGAUAAUUUCCUAAGGUUUGUGUGUAAGAAUAAUGGGGUGCUCUUUGAGAACCAGCUUCUGCAAAUUGGGGUGAAGUCAGAAUUCCGGCAGAAUUUAGGCCGAAUGUAUCUUUUCUAUGGGAACAAAACAUCCGUCCAGUUCCAGAGUUUCACCCCAACAGUCAGUUAUCCUGGUGACUUGCAGAACCAGCUCAACAUUCAGACAAAAACAGUGGAGCCACUGGUGGAGGGAGGGGCUCAAGUUCAACAGGUCCUGAACAUUGAAUGCCUGAAUGAUUUCACGGACGCCCCCCUUAUCAACAUCAAAUUCCGCUAUGGUGGGACGUUGCAGAAUCUCGUUCUCAAAUUGCCUAUCACUGUCAACAAGUUUUUCCAGGCAACAGAGAUGCAGUCGCAAGACUUUUUCCAGCGCUGGAAACAACUGAGUUUGCCACAACAGGAAGCUCAGAAAAUCUUCAAGGCAAACCACCCCAUGGAUUCAGAAGUGACAAAAGCAAAAGUAAGUUCUUUUGAAUGCUAUGAAAGACUUGCAAGCUUUUAUUUAUUUCAGGGCAAUUAAUUCAGUUAAUUUAAUUUCAGAUCAGGAUAUAUCUUUGUAUUAAUUUGCUCAGAUGAGUAAAGAUUAAAGCUUUGGAUAUUGUGAUUGUUCAGGGCAAUUAUGGAAGACAUUUUUUUCAAUUGUUUAGUAUUAGUUUGGGAAUAUUAGUGUAUUAUAUUUAGGACUGUUGAUU